GGACCACCAGGCGACAUCGGACGAGAUGGACGCCCAAGAAGAGGGCACUCAACAGACCGAAGGACCGAAAGAAGAAGAAGCCGAGAAGAGGACGGACGACACCGACUUCAGUGUCGCCACCAGACGGAGGAAGCGGGUGCGAGUUUCCUCCGAAGAAGAAGAUGAAGAACCCAGGCAGCGAAAGAUGCCAGCUGCCACAAAGAAGAGUGGUCCUAGAGCAACCAGGACCACCGAGGCCCCCAUGGCAGGAACAGGAGUUCCGCCAAUCAACAUCGAGGGCACCGCUGAUUGGUCAUCCUUGAGUAGGAUGAUGAACAGCAAGGGGAUUCAAUUCUCCAAAGCGAGGACGGCGGGUACCAGUGUGAAGGUAUUCACAAAUACACCAGCUGACUACCGUCAGCUAGUCGCACUGCUUGAAUCCAUCAAGCGGCCCUUCUUCACAUAUCAACUGAAGGAGGACAGGAUGGACCAGAGGGUCAUUCGUGGGCUUCCGAGAGAGAUGUCAGUCAAUGACAUCAAAGAGGAUCUGGUGAGCCAAGGCAUCGCAGACGCCGUGGUUCAGCAGCUGACCUCAAGGACCACAAAGAAGCCACUUCCGCUCUUCCUCGUCAAGACGAAGAUGCCGGAAAAGCUUGCAGAGAUCCAGAGGCUGGCCAUGCUCACGGCGAGGACGGCGGGUAACAGUGUGAAGGUGUCCACAAACACACCAGCUGACUACCGUCAACUAGUCGCACUGCUGGACUCUAUGAAGCGGCCCUUCUUCACGUACCAGUUGAAGGAGGACAAGAUGAACCAGAGGGUAGUACGAGGACUGCCCAGGAAGAUGUCGACUGAGGACAUCAAAAAAGAUCUAGUGAACCAGGGUGUGUCAGACACCGAGGUUCAACAGAUGACCUCCAGGACCACAAAGAAGCCACUUCCGCUCUUUCUCGUCAAGACGAAGAUGCCAGAAAAGCUUCUAGAGAUCCAGAAGCUGGCCAUGCUCACGGUCAGCUUCGAGAGAAAGAAGAAAUCUACCGAGCCCAGCCAAUGCUACCGCUGA